UAUUAUGCCAAUCUAGAUUCUAGAUUAUGUUAUUGUCUGAAUUUUGAUUGUGUUGUGUUAGUUUGGAUUCAGAGUGGGUUGAACAUUCAUCUCUACAUGUGUAUUGAGUCAACUCGAUUAUUAACCUUUUGAAUUAGAGUUUACACUUUUCAAUAUGAAUUGGGUUUUUAAAUAAAUGAUCCGAAUUAUGACGUAGCUAUGAAGGCACAAAAUAAACUAGUUAGACCUGAGCUCGGACCUAUUAGUACUUGUCGGCAAUGAAUUAUGCUCACUCUGUUUCUAUUUGAUGUUUUAGUUUUACUUUUAGUUAUUUUAUUUGUUAUUCUCAAAAAAAAUUAUUUUUGUCACAUUUUUUUUUGGAUAUAAUUAAUCUUAGUUACCUAAAUUUAUAUUUUUUUAAUGCUUAUAGUCCUCAUGUAUUACUCACUAAUUUUAUUUUUAAUAUUUUUAUAUUGCUUAUAAUCUCUACACGUUUUCUACUAAUUUUUUAGAUUUUUUUUAAAAUAUUUGUAUUAAUUUUAUUUUGUUUUUUUGGUUUUUUUUGACUUUUUGGCUAGUCAAAAAAAACAAAAAUUGUGUUAAGUAAUUAAAAAGCUAGCUUUAAAGCCAACAUAUAAUAUAAAAGUUCACUUGAUUGGCUUUUUUCAUUGUCUUUUGGCUUGUUGGCCUAUUUUUCCUCUAAUAAACGGCCAAUAAUCAAUAAUCAAUAUAUAAUUUUAUCAAACAUCUCUUUAAAUAGGUGGCUUAUCAAGCUAGCUUAAAAGCCAAAAAAAGCUAACACUUCUAGUUAAUUAAAUAAACCAACUAAAAAAGCCUACAAUCAACAAUCAACAUUCAUUUGUUAAACAUCCCAUUGACUUUUUUGUUUCAUAACUUGUUAUAAGUGUAUGAUAUGUCGUCAUUUAACCCCUUUUCAGAUAUCUUGAUCAAGUGCGUUGAUGAUUAUGAUACAAGAAAGAUCACAUAAGACAUUGCUUGUGAGUGAUUUUCUUGAUUCAAACAUUGAUCAAGUUGAAGAUCAUAAAGGACUAGCAGAUCUCAUUGGAAGAAGAAGUAGGUUACCAAGCAUGACUCUAAUAACCAACAAGACAAGGUCACACUCAUCAUCUCCAUCAAUAAACAGAUCACAAAAAGCUUCAAAUAAUUCAACAAACAAUGACAAAAAACUACAAAGAUUCAGAAGUUGUAGCAUUCUACAUGAUCUUGAACAAGAAGAAUUAAAAGGGUUUAUGGAUUUAGGGUUUCGAUUCGAGAAAGAUCAGCUAAGUCCUCGAACCAUGACUGUAAUUCCUGCUUUACAAAGACUAGGAGGAGUAGGAGGUUAUGCCCAUGAAGGUACAUUACAUGACUUACUAAAAAAGGAAAGUUUUGAAGAGGGUAAAAGUAUAGAAAUUGAUGAUAAAUUGCCAUAUUUAUCUGAAGCAUGGAUGGUAAAAAAACCCAAUUCUCCAUUGCUUAGAAUGAAGAUGGCAAGAGUUUCUAGAGCUCAAGAUAUGAAGAAAUGUCUUAAGCUUUGGGCUAGAACUGUUGCUUCUUCUAUACAAUCUAAACAAUGAAAACUUUUUUGAUAUAACAUUCGUUUCUAUGAGUUUGCUACAAUUGAUUUGGUCUGUCUCGAAACCCCUCCUCCUCUAUUAUUCUCAUCCACGUGUUUCAUCUCGUUUUCCAACUAGUUAAACUAAUUUUAUGUUUGAUGGAGUAAUAAAUUAAUAUUUGUAGCAUAUUUAGAGAGUCUGAGUAUUGUGUAUGUAAAUUUUAGUUGUUUUGGACUCUAUGUUAUAUGUUAUUUUUAAUUUGAUUGAAUAAUUAUUUAAUUGAAUAAAUUGUUUUAAUGAAAUUGUUAAAAUUUUAUUAAAAUAAGUAUUUUUUGACUUGUAAUCGCCUCGAAUUAUGAAGGCAAAGAUAAUUGAAAUUUAGUAUUAAUCAAGUGGAAGCUCACUUUUGCCAGCACAAUUAAGGGGUUACUUAAAGGUUAAACCAAUGUCUAAGUAAAAUACUUGAACCAAAACCAAAGCAAUAUAACGGAAGUUUUAGCUGUCCAAAAUAAAGGAAAAUUACAACCAAAUUAAAAUAAGUCUGAAGUUCGAAUUACAUCUUUAAAAUAGUCCAAAUUUAAACAAUUGUACUAAUACUCCCUCAGAUACAAUAAAAAGAUCUAAACAAAUGGGAGUCAAACUCCAAAUCACGUUCAUCCUUCGCUCACAUAUCACUUCUCCGUCGAGGUGCCAUGGGGGUUCACUCUAAAAACAAAAACCAUUGGAAAACAUACAAAGCAAAGUAUC